GACUGACGUGGGACGAGCUGCCAGGUAGCGGAAGCAGCCAGCCGCCGGCAGAGACACUUCACGGCGUGGCAGCCGGGGUCUGCGCCUGAAGCCUCCGGAUCGCAGCCAGCUCAGUCUAACCCUCGCCAAUCGCAAUCCCCUGUGCCCAAGCCACUCUUCCCUGUGAGCGCCAGCAUGCAUGCAGUAUCGCGCCCCGGGCUCUGAGAGCAGCCCACGGACACGCUUGCCUGCCUGUCUUUUUAGGUUUUGGGGCUCUGGGCUACACGGAUGUGCCCCACUCCCUUGGCAUGAUGGGGAUCUUUCUGGCGUCUGUUGGAUUUAUGUUCUUUUCCGUGUUGUAUGUUCAACAAGGGCUUUCUUCUCAAGCAAAAUUUACCGAGUUUCCGCGAAACGUGACUGCGACCGAAGGGCAAAAUGUGGAGAUGUCCUGUGCUUUCCAAAGCGGCUCUGCUUCGGUGUACCUGGAGAUUCAGUGGUGGUUCCUUCGGGGACCAGAGGACCUGGAGCAAGGGACCGAGGCUGCAGGCUCGCAGGUGGAGCUCUUACCCGACAGAGACCCGGACAACGACGGGACCAAGAUUAGUACAGUGAAAGUCCAAGGCAAUGAUAUCUCCCACAAGCUUCAGAUUUCCAAAGUGAGAAAAAAGGAUGAAGGCCUAUAUGAGUGCAGGGUGACUGACGCUAACUACGGGGAGCUUCAGGAACACAAGGCCCAGGCCUACCUGAAAGUCAAUGCCAACAGCCAUGCUCGGAGGAUGCAAGCCUUUGAAGCCUCACCUAUGUGGCUUCAAGACACGAAGCCUCGAAAGAACGCAUCAUCAGUGGUUCCCAGCAGCAUGCACAGCUCUGCCAACCAGCGAAUGCACUCCACCUCCAGCCCUCAAGCGGUAGCCAAAAUCCCCAAGCAAAGUCCACAAUCAGGUGCGAGGAUAGCUACAAGCCAUGGACUUUCUGUCCUGCUUCUUGUUUGUGGCUUUGUGAAGGGUGCUUUGCUUUGAUCUAAAGUGCUGACUUUUUUCCAAUAUCACUUUCUCUUCUUAAAGCAAAGAGCAAAUCGCCUGUAAAAUCUACGGAGCGGACAGCAAAGUUGACCCUAAACUCCAAGCACCAUUCUACACCCCUGUACUCUAGUUAUCUACACAAGGAGCAUCAGCUUCCGGAAGCAUAAGUGAAGACACUAUCACACGCUUUAUUGAUAACAUUUUCUUUGGGAAGUUGCUGGUCUUUUAUUUCAAGAGAAUUAAUGUGAAGUGAUAGGACGUUUUCUGAUUACAAGAUCAAUUUUUUUCUUUUAUUUCAACAAAUAAAGCCUGCAUUUCACUGACUGCUCGGGAGUUGGCCUGAAUGACAUCAGUAUACUAAAUAUUCCCAUGGAUCCCACCAAUUUCCUACCAAGGGACACCUAAUCUGGAAGAAGCAAACAAGCCUAAGAAACACAAACUGUCUUCAAAUAGCACCCCAGCUGGGGAACAAAACAAAAAGCAAAAUGCUGAAAAAGGGCAAACCAACAACAGACAACUUAAUUUUACAUAUGGAAUAAUCAAAGUUUUUCACUUCCUUUUUGCCCCAUGGAAUUUAUCUUGGAGUUUCCUUUUUCCUCGACUGCCAUUUUUGUUCAAUGGUAGAAAGUGCCAACUAUGGCCAAUCCUUGUCAAUCCUGGGAGGUUUAUAUUCAUACAUAUUGAGUGUGGUAUAUUUCAAUGUACUUUAAUUCAUUUUGCAGUUUCUGUGUAUGCAAACCUGGCAAAUUCUGUAAAUUGCUUAUAGUAUGUGUGAUAUGACUUCAAGGUAGAUAGGCUAUGAUGCUCAUGCAAGCUGACUUUCUUCAUUCUAUAUACAAAUAUAUACAUGAGCAUAUAUUAGGCCACUGACUUCUUUUCCUAAAGCAUUAUUUUUUAUUUGUAACUCAUGUAUCGUGUGAAUUUUGUAGUAUAUUUCUCUGUUCCACUGGUUUGACAGCUAUAGUUUGUCUCUGUUGUCCUCUGCUUCCUUCUGGAAAUAUUUAAAAUUGUGUAUGUCUCUGAUAAAUGAAUUAAUUUUGUUGUGUGUAUGCUAUGUUGGAAUUUGCUGUAUUCUUUCACACAUGUGUGUCUUAUGGUUUGGGGAUCUUGAGUCUGAAGAAUGCAUACCUGGUUUUUGACAGAUUUCCUCAUGUUAUCAAUAUUCUAUCUCAGAGAAAGAAAGAGACCAAGUGGGAAAACUAAGAAGACAUUUUUGACUCCCCAAGAACCUGGAAGAGCACUUCACACUCUAACUAAAUAAUGUUGCUUCCUUUGUUCUUCAAGAAGUUCCUUGUAGCUUUGUCAUUCUGUUAUUUGCUGCUAAUUAUAUUUUAAUGUCUACUAAUUAAAAAUUAAAAUGUGAUUGUUGGCUGAAUACAAUAUGCAAAUGACUGCAAAGCCCAUACUGAAGAAGAUAGGUGUUUAAUCUUCACUCAAUAAUUAUAAUUUUAAAUAUUCCAUCGUUAUUUUUUUGACUUUAUGGUAUUUUGUUUAGACCUUUUCUAAUUACAUCUUUCUAUGGCAAAGAAAGAUAGAACAAUCAAUACAUUCCUUCUUACAGUAUAGAAGGGUUGUGGCUUAAGAAAGAAUGCAUCCAGAUAGUCUUCCAGAAAGAUUACUUUAUUUUCAUUAUAAAACCAGAAACCAUAUAUGUAGGAAUGGUCCACUCCAAAUGUAAGGCUGUAAACUGUAGCUUGAAAGCAAGGAAUACAUUUACUUUUUAUGGUAAAGGACUGGACUCUGCCAUGCACUUAUAAGCAAUGUGAAUAUUUUCAUAACAUGCUUGACAUUCCCCUUUAAGAAAUAUUGUUUUAUGCUAAAUCUUUCCUUGCCAUUUUUUUUCUUUCAUUUGAUUUAUUAUUUCAUUCUAAUGAAGAAAAUAAAGGUUUAAUUAUACUUUAUUAACAUACAAAUGCAUUUCCUUUCUAAGUUAAGUACCUGAAAGUUGUAUAAAAUGAUGGUAGAUAAGUAUUAUCCAUUCGGCCUCUUUAAAAUGUAAGAAUUUCAUACAUUGCAGUAUAUAUUAAUAUACUGAUUCAAAGUCAAUCAAACUGGAAAAAAAAUCUUAUAUUUUACUUUUAUUCAGUGUCCAGGUAAUGAUAUCAACUAAUUUUACAGCAAGCCAAAUGUGUACCUGUAUUAGUAAUGUUCACCAUGCUUGUAAUAAAAGGACAUAUGCUAGUUUGGGAAGAAUGCCCACUAGAUUCAAUAUAUCAGUAUCCAAAAUAAUAAAGACCUGUUUAUCA